AUGGGUUAUCAAGACUAUAUAAAUUUAUCUGUGGAAGAUGAACUUAUUGAAAGGAAGGAAGUAUCUGUAGUUAGUGAAUAUGAUAAACAGAAUGAUUUUAGUUUGGAAAGUUCAGGAAGAAGAUAUGAUCGUCAAUUUUUCACAAUGUAUCAAGCAAGAUUGAAUGAACUUAAGACCAGAGUUGAUAGCAGAGCUAUGAAACAGUGGGGGAAUGGGACUAUCAAAAGAGACAAUAAAGUUAUUAGUAAAGUCGAUAAGAUAUUGAAUAUCACUAGUAAUCAGUUAUGUUGGGUCAGUGGAACAAUUUUUGUUGAUCUCAAGAAUAAAUUGAAUAUCUUUAAUGAUGUUGAAAAAGGUAUUGAUGAUGUAUUACCCCAAAUACCCAAGAGUUAUAUAAGUUCUGAAGGUACGGAUGAUAAGGUUAUCAUGCUAGAAGAUGAAAGUGGUAGAGCUAUAUUACAUGGAGAUGAUAAACUUAAAGAUCAACUAUUUGUUACUGGAGCUAUUGUUGCAGUAUUAGGGAUUGAGUUACAAGCAGGUAUAUUUGAAAUGAUUGAAAUAAUUCAUCCUGAAAUAGCUCCCAUAAGACCAAUGAAUCCCAAAUCCAAUUCUAAAAUAGCAUUUGUUUCAGGAUUAGAGAUAUCUGAUUCUGUUAACUAUGAUUUUAAAAUUGAUCUUUUAAAAGAAUUCUUUCAAAAUAAUCCGAAAUCCAAAGAUAUUUCUCAUCUUGUCAUUGCAGGAAAUUCAAUAAAAGAAACUGAUCAAGAUAUAGGUGAAGAAUACGUGUCAAAUAAUAAUUAUGGAUCAAAGAACAUAUCUAAAUUUAAUGAUAAAUCAUUGAAAUUAUUUGAAGUAUUUAUAAAUGAAAUAAUAUCAAAUUGUAAUAUUUCAAUUAUGCCUGGACCUUCAGAUCCAACAGAUAUUUGUUUGCCUCAACAACCAUUACAUAGAUCAUUCUUUGUUAACAAUAAAAAUUAUGUUGGUAAUAACAUUAGAUCAUUAACAAAUCCUUCAUGGUUAGAGAUUGAUAGUAUUAGAAUGUUAGGUACAUCAGGACAAAAUAUCGAUGAUAUUGUAAAAUAUUUAUCACCAGAAGAUUUACAAAAUAAAGAUAUUUUACUUAAAAUAAUGAAAUCUACCAUAAAUUGGCAAAAUAUUGCUCCAACAGCUCCUGAUACUUUAUAUUGUUACCCAUUUGAAAAUAAUGAUCCAUUCACAUUAACAAAUGAAACACCUAAAGUUUAUUUUAUUGGAAAUCAAAAUGAGUUUAAAUCCGAAUUAGUCAAUGUUAAUAAUGAAAAUAUGUUAUUAUUAACUAUACCAAAAUUUAAUCAAUGUGGUCAAUUAGUUUUACUUGAUACUGUUGAUUUAUCAGUUGAAAUUAUUAAAUUUGAAACUUGA